UCUUCUUUUGAAGCUAAAACAAGAUGGCAGCAUCAACUUCCUAUGCAAAGACUAGGUCUAUUAGUUUGCCUACAAGACUAAUCCAUCCAAAAGCAAAGAGAGUUGAAGAAGAGGUGAAAAAUAUUCAAGCUCUAAACUCUUCCUCAUCAGCUUCUUCUCGGAUCCAACUUGCCCGCCUAGUCGAGCUCUACGACUUUGUUAAUCAACAAGUCAUUAGUUCUCCUCAAGGCCAACAAGCUCUUUGCCUUUCUCACAACGCAAAACUUGUUGAAGAAUCUCUUGAUGAGUCCAUCUUGUUACUCGAUGUGUCUGACUUCACAAGAGACUUGAUAGGAACAUUCUUGGAGCGAAUCCAAGAUCUUCAAUCCACUCUACGUAGACGUGGAGGAGUUAUCUCGAUGAUUCAGUCAGAGAUCCAAGCUUUCAUUAGCUUUCAGAAGAAGUUCAAGAACUCAGCGAGUAGACAACUUAAAUCCCUUGCAAGAACACAAGCAAAGAGAAAGUGUCCGGUGAUCAAACAGUCCAAAACUCUUGAUCAACAUGUUUCUAUGGUGUCCAACAUUCUAAGGCAAUCAAACACAUCGACGAUCUCUAUCUUCAAGUCUCUCUUGCAGUUUCUUUCUUCUUCGGGUGAGAACCAGAAGAAGAAUGGUGAAGUUGGAUGCGUAGAUAACUCAAUGAUCCGUUCUUUGUAUGGAAGAAUCAUCGGUAAGAAGACUGCAAAAGUCAUUGAUGUGAAAAUGAUGCUGGGGAGAUUAGCUAUGCUUAGUGUGAGCCUUGAAGCAAUUAUGGAUGAGUUAAGUUACUUGUCAAGACGACUUAUUCAACAUAGAGCGUCUCUUUUGAACAUUGUUACUCAAUAA